AUGUCAUGGAGAAUGCUUCAGUGUAGCAUACCCCAUUUCUAUCCACGUGACGAGAUAUGCGUCAAUGGUGUUUUGUAUUAUACAUCUCUCUACAAGGCUUGUAUGAUAGUUUGCUUUGACGUUAGGUCUGAGAAGUUCAACCUUAUUGAAGUCAAAGGAGCUAGUGUCAGAAGAGCUGUGCUAGGGUUUAUGGUAAACUGCAAUGGUAAAUUAGGUUUUAGUAUGUCUGAAAAUCAUGAAGGAAAUGUCGGCUUUAUCAGUGGAAAAAGUUCAAGGUUUAAGUUGUGGGUUCUAGAAGAUGUUGAGAAACAGGAAUGCUCUGAGCGUGUUUAUGUAUUGCCUGCUGAGUGGAAGAAUAUAGUUGGAGAACACGUGCUAAAAUUUGUUGGUUUGUCGCGGACUAACGAGAUUGUGUUGUCUUCGUGGUACUCAGUUAAACCUUUCUACCUCUUCUACUUCAAUCCCGGGAGGAACACUGUCGUAAGAGUUGAAAUUGAAGGAGUGGACAUGGAUGGGUCCAAGUUUGCUGUACUUUAA